AUGGAUGUGAAGAUGGGGGGCGACGACAAGAAAGUGGAAUUGCCCUUGCUGAAGUUCAGGCUUCCAACGACGCAGCCGCUUUCAAACAUCCUCAGGCCCGAUGCUCUUGACGGCGAGUUGCGCCGAAAAGUUGUCCGCAACAUCACCGGAGACGUCGCACCUGCGCGCGAUGAUCGCCGGUCGCCCAGCAAAUGGGUGGUGCCGUUCAAGCAGCCGAACCAAGAAGGGAACUACCCGGCAACCCUUCGCGAUCAGGUUUGUAGUGGCGACGGAGAUCUUUUAGGCGCCAUGGCAAAAAGACUGAAAACUCUAGAGGCGCAACAAAAUGCCUACCGUAUGGAAUUAAAAGAGAAGACCGAGAAACUCUUGUGCGUAGAGGCAAAAUACAAAAAUGAAAAGGCAAGGCGAGAAGAGGUAGAGGCGAUGAUUGUGGAGAUCUACGACGAUAAGGAAGAGUUGGAAAAACUAGUGGGAGAGAUGCGGAAUUUUCUGAGUGACUAUGGACUGCAGUGGGUGGGGGACAAAGGGAGAGAGAAGGCGAAAAACAAAGGUGCCAAUUCGCGAGUGUACGGGAUCGCAGACAAUGCCAAAAGAAAGGAUUCUCCGUCACCAAUAACUGCCACUUCGCGGCCGUUUGAAAUGUAUGAGGGAGAUUAUGAGGACAAGACACCAAUGCUCUCUUCUAUUCCGGUGCCAAUUACAAGCCCAAUCAGUGAAAAAGGUAUGCAGAAUGAUACCACAGAAGGCAAGAUGGUCCCCUGUACAACAACUGAUACCUCUACUUUACCUUUUUCCUUGGAGAUUCUCAAAAGAAAUGCAAAGAUUCUUUCGGACCAUGUGGGUUCUCGAGGUGUUUUCACAAAUGGUAAGCAAGGUGGGAUAAAGGAGCAUGAACUGGUGCGUAUUGUUGUGUAUCAAGAUGGUAUUUGUGUUAACGGUGGCCCCUUUCGACCAUUUGGGUGGCCAUUAUGUGACGCCGUGUUAAAUGAUCUUGCGGAUGGUUUUUAUCCGUAUGAAUUUAAGCAACGAUUUCCUGACGGAUUCCCCAUUGAAAUUAUUGACCAAACCUCCGUUUGUUUCUCCAAGAGUACGGCUGGUGACAAGAGUGUUGGUAAAGUGAGGGACCUUCGGAGUUUACAGGAAGGUAAGAGCUGCCAGCCUGUAUCCCGAGAGGAGUUUUUGAAACGAUUGCCGGCUACCCGCAUCACAGGAAGUGGUCGGAUCGUCCAUUUACGAGAAGCGAUUGCACAAAUUGUUGGUGGUCCCACCGGAAAUGGCACCUUGAGACAUGUUUCUGAAGCUGAAAGAAAAUUGGUAGGAGAGAUGGAAGAAACUGGAUUUAAGAGCGGUGGAGCGGCUGUAGCGCCAAAUCGCAUCAAGGGACUCGUUGCGGUGUUAGUGCGAUUUCCAUCUGGAGAAAAGGUUACAUUACAUUUGGCACCAGAAAACACUAUAGCAGAUCUUCGGCGGGAACUUCAGUUAGCCGUUCCGGGAUUCAAAGCUGCAUAUGAUGUGCGUUUGUCCUUUCCUUCUGUAACAUACACGGAUGACACGAAGACUCUGCGGGAAUUGGGUCUUUUGACAAGUUGCACACUGAUGAUUCAGCCUCGGAGGCACGCGUAG